ACAUUCGAAAUAAAUUCGAAUGUUUUUAACCUGAUCAAUCAAUCAAUCAAUCCAAAAACUCCACUCGAUUUCUUCAAAACCGAUUUUUCUCUCAAAUUUCUCAUUCAUUUUUUGAAUCAUCGUCUCAUUUUGUUCUCUAUCUGUUUUUUUGGAAAGAAUCAUCAUUAUCAAAAAGAAUGUAUCCAUCAAAUUCAUCAUCAUCAUCCGGUGUUACACAACUGGAAUUUAAUCAGGCAAUGUCCGAUUUUAAACAUAUGUUUCCCGAUAUGGAAGAAGAUAUUAUUGAAGCUAUAUUACGUGCCAAUAAUGGUGUUGUUGAUACAACUAUUGAUCAAUUAUUACAGAUUAAUAAUGAAACACAGGAGAAAAAGAAACGAAAUAAAACAGCAGCAGCUAUUAAUAAUGUUGAACAGCAUCAUCCAUAUAAUAGUAAUAAUAUUUUUAUCGAUGAUGGACAUUUGGCCGCUAAAACACCUAAUAAAGAUUUAAAUUUUCAUCAUCAUCCUAAUAAUGAUCAAAUUGAUGCUACUUCGAUGUUAAAUUCAUUACCAUUGAAAAAUCAUCAUCGUAUAUCACCAGAUUCAUUACGUUAUAAAUAUCAUUGGCAACCACCUAUAUUAGGUGAAUUAUCCAAAGAUUUUCUACGUAUACAAUUGAAUGAAACACAAAAAAAAUUAACAAAUUUUAAUGUUAAUAAUGAACAUACUAAUCUAAUAAGUAGUUCAUUUUUACAACAGAAAAUGGAACAAAAUAAACGUAAUCGACAAAUAACAUCAAUGAAUGAUGAUCCUGAAAUGGCACAAUAUUUAGAAGAUGAACGUUUUGCUAUAUUAUUACAAAAUGAAGAAUUUGUUCGUGAAUUACGAAUGAAUCAGGAUUUUAUGUCAACAUUGGAUGCUGAUAAUAAUAGUAGUGGUGGCCAUUAUAGUGGAUCUAGUAUCCCAAAUAGCAAUACAACCACCGGUGGAGUCGCUGAUCUAACACAAGCAAGUAAUUUUCUUGAUUCCGAUGCUAUAUUUAAAGAACGAUUACGUAAUAUGGGUAAAUUAUCAAAGAAAAAAUUUACACAAAUUGCAAGAUUAUUUUCCGGUAGAAUGCGUAAAAAUUUUAAACAAUUAGAUAAUGGUGGUGGCGCUGGCGCUGGUGGUGGCACUUUAAGCACAGGAACUAAUCGUGAAAAUCAAUAUUUUUAUCAAGAUCUUAAUAAUGAAAAUUAUGAAGAUACAGCCUUACCAUCAUCAUCAUCAACAACAACUAGUAAUGAUCAUCAACAACAA